AUUCGGAGGGUCGAGCUUCCCCCCACCACCACACAGGGCUCGGUGUGGCCGUGGGGUUGUCAUCCUCUGUUGGUUGGUCGUAGGUGUGGGAUUCCAUCCUCGAGCCUUGAAGGACGUGGCGAGGGCGCCGAGGCUUAUCUUUGGUGAAGAUAGCAGUCAAGGAGAGUGCUGUUGAACCAAUUAGGAAGCUGUUGAAGCUUUCCCAGCAAGAGAUGGUGAAGACGUGGACUUGGGAGAUGACAGAGGAGAUAUAGAGCAGAGAACAGAUUUCUGAGGUCCACAAUCUCUACAAUUUGAAAGUAAGACAAAAACAGAAAAUACCCUGAAACCCAAAAGUAUCUUGUACAUUUGGCACUAAGACUAUUUGCUACAAAACCAACUGUGAGCAAACAUGAAGCCUUUGUUUUCUGGGCACUCCUACCUAAUAAUCAAUACACAUGCCUCUGUUACUUUACUUCUGUUACUUGUGACUUGAAGAUUGUGUUGGAAAAUGUCCAAAAGAGUCAAAGAUAUACCUUUGGGUAACAAUGAGAAGAAAAAAAGGAAGCAUUUAUCUUUAUCAAUAGCUCAGAAAGUGGAGUUAUUGCAGAAACUUGAUGCUGGUAUGUCUGUGAAACAUCUUACAGAAGAGUAUGGUGUGGGAACUACCACUAUAUAUGACAUAAAGAAACAGAAAGACAGGUUGCUAAAGUUUUACAGCGACAGUGAUAACCAAGAAUUAAUGAAAAAUAGGAAAACAUUGCAUAGGGCCAAAAAUGAAGAUCUUGAUCGUGUGUUGAUUGAAUGGAUUCGACAACGAAGAAGUAAAGAUAUGCCACUGUCUGGAUUGUUGGUCAUGAAACAAGCUAGAAUAUACCAUGAAGAAUUGAACAUUGAAAGUGAGUGUGCAUAUUCAGAAGGCUGGCUGCAAAAAUUUAAGAAGCGUCAUGGAAUCAAGUAUCUUAAAAUGUAUGGUGAAAAAGAGUCAGUUGAUGUUGAAACUACUGAAAAUUACAUUGAUGAAUUUGCUAAGAUAAUAUCUGAUGAAAACCUCAUCCCUGAACAAAUUUACAGUGCUGAUGAGACAGCUCUGUACUGGUGCUGUGUUCCUAGAAAAACCUUAACCAUGACUGGCAAAAGGGCACAAACAGAUUUCAAGGAUGCCAAGCAAAGAUUAACUGUUCUUGGGUGUGCUAAUGCUGCUGGCACACACAAGAUAAAAUUGGCAGUGAUUGGAAAAAGCCUAUAUCCAAAAUGUUUAAAAGAUGUGGGUAGUUUACCUGUGCAUUAUUAUGCAAACAAGAAAGCAUCAGUGACAAGAGAAAUCUUCUCUGACUGGUUCAAUAAGUACUUUGUGCCAGCAGCAAGAGCUCACUGCAAACAAGCUGGACUGGAAAACAAUUGCAAAAUUUUGCUCUUCCUAGACAACUGUUCUGCACAUCCCCCUUCAGAGCUUCUUGUGAAAAGUAAUGUUUUCAGCAUAUACCUCCCCCCUAAUGUGACAUCUAUAAUACAACCAUGUAAUCAAGGAAUUUUACGUUCUAUGAAGAGCAAAUAUAAACACUUCUUUUUGAACAGAAUGCUUGCUUCAGUUAACAGAGGUCUGAAAAUCCAGGACUUCCUUAAAGAGUUUAGUCUUAAAGAUGCUAUCUAUGCAGUUGCUAAUGCUUGGAAUGAUGUUGAUAAGUCAACAUUAACAAAUGCUUGGCACAGACUUUGGGCUACAAUGAUGUUUGAAAAUUACCUGUCUGAUGAAGAUCUGGAUGGAUUUAGAGGCUCUAAUGAAAAGAUGAUGAUAACAAAACUCAUUACUUAUGCCAAAAGUUUAUCAGCUGAAAGUGUAAAUAAAUUGGAAGAAGCUGACAUUGAAGAAAUACUGAACAUUGACAAUGAUGUACCCGUUGUGCAUCCUUUGAAUGAGGGAGAAAUUGCUAUGAAGGGAUUGAAUACAGAUCAGUAUGAAGAUAGUAGCAGUAAUGACAAUGGCACUAUGAUCACCAGCCAGAAAAUCUCUGUAGACCAAAUGGUGAAGAUGUGUGAACAAUUAAUUGCUGGCCUGGAAAGAUGUGCAUUUAUCAGUGAGCAAGAGAUCGUGGCAGUUUACUCAAUUAAAGAGAAGCUGCUACGACACAAACCUAUGUUAAGGAAAUGACAUUGGAAGAAAUAUUUUUAAAGACCCUUUGUGGUAAUACUUCUGCAUUACUUGAGGAGCCUCUUUUUAACUCAUCUUCAUAGGUCCAGCUCCAACCUAGUUUCAUAGACAAUGGUAAGAUUAGUGUAAUCUUUUCUAUAAGGUCCUCAAAUGACCAGAAAUGCUCAAUAUUUAUUGCAUGUGUAUGUUUUGAGUUGUCAUUAGGAUAAAUUUAAUUUUUUACACUAAAAGCAUUUUAAUGAAUAUCUUUUAUUAAAAAGAAACUCAAAGAACAUAUGGCCUAUAUUCAUCUUGUUAAAUUUAUCAAUAAAUGUGUUUGCCAACAAAUUUCAUUAACUGAUACAUUAAUUUAUGUAAAUAAAGUAUAUUAUUUAUAUAUUCUACUUAGUGUGAAUUUUCAUACAUUUCUUUGGAGUAAGAAUUAGUGGAUUUCAUUACAGCAUGCUGUCUAAUACUCAUUUGGAGAUUUUCAAAAUAUGAUGUACAUGUACCAAAGGAUUCUGUUAGGCAUUCUGUUAUUUACUGUGACAAAUGCCUGAAAGAAAGGAAGCUUUGUGUUGACUCAUGAUAUAAAGGAUUCAGUGCCUGAUCAGCUGGCUUCAUUGUUUUUAGUCCCUGAGGUGACUUUCCACCUUGGUGGAAAGGUGUGGUCGAGUGGAACUGUUCACCUUAUGACAGCCAGGAAUCAAAGAGAGACAGAAAAGAGCCAAGGAAAAAAUUAUCCUUCAAUGACAUGCCUUCUGUGACCUACUUCUACAAAACAGGUCCCACCUGCCAAUAAAUAGCUUAUUCACUAAGGAGUCAUCAAUGUAUUACUUAAUGAACUUAGUACCUUUAUUAUCUGUUCAUUUCUCGAUGCUUGGAUCCCCACCAGACAGACACCAAGCCUUUAACAAAUAAACUUUUGGGGGUUAUACUUCACCCACAAACCAAAACAAAUUACAACUUUAAAAAAAAAAU